AUGGAGCAAUCAGCGGCGGCAAGUCCAUGGCUGCUGCUUCUCUGCCUGGCCGCCGCUGUCACCGGCGGCGCUCGCGCCCAGACUGACAGCAAAGGUUUUAUCAGUAUAGACUGUGGGCUACCGGGGAAGGCGAGCUACGAGGACUCCACCACCAAGCUCUCCUACGUCCCGGACGCCGGCUUCACCGACGUCGCCAGCGCCGGCACCAGCCAAAACAUCUCGGCCAACCACAUCACGCCCCAGCUCUCGCGGCGCUACCACGACGUGCGCAGCUUCCCGGACGGCACGCGCAACUGCUACACACUCCGCUCCCUCGUGUCCGGGCGCAAGUAUCUCCUCCGCGCUGCGUUCUUGUAUGGCGACUACGACGGCCUCGGCAGGCCGCCCAUCUUCGACCUCCACAUCGGCGUCAACUACUGGAAGACCGUCAACGUCUCCGACGCCAGCGUCGAGGUCACCGCGGAGGCUGUGGUGGUGGUGCCGGAUGACUUCGUGCAGGUCUGCCUGGUGAACACCGGCGGAGGGACGCCGUUCGUGUCGGCGCUGGAGUUGAGGCCGCUCAAGAUGAAGGCCUACCCGCAGGCCAACGUGACGCAGGGCCUCGUCCUCGACUACAGGCUCAACGUCGGCCCCGCAACCGGCAUCGUCAGGUACCCUGAAGAUCCACAUGACAGAAUAUGGACCGCUUGGGCGGACCCGAAAGAGUGGAAUGAGAUAUCGACGACAAAGACGGUGCAGAGCGACUACGACGACUUCGAGGUGCCAAAGGUGGUGAUGCAGACGGCGGUCACGCCUUUGAACCGCUCCACGAACCUGGAGAUCUACUGGGACCCCGUGCCACCGGCUCACGAUCCGUCGCCGGGACACUUCAUCAUCAUGCAUUUCUCCGAGCUGCAGAUCCUCCCUAGGAACGCCCUCCGCGAGUUCUACCUCAGCAUCAAUAGCGUCAAGUUGUCCGAUGAUGUUAGGCUAUUCUACCUUGGGGUCGGGGUCCUAUCUAAUGAAAGCCCCUACCGGGACAGCCACUACAACAUCUCCAUAGUCGCCACCGCCAACUCUACGCUGCCGCCCGUCAUCAACGCCCUUGAGUUGUUCUUUGCCAUGUCCACCAGCAACCUUGCCACGGACUCCCGGGACGUAUCGGCCGUCACGGUGAUCAAGGCGAAGCAUCACGUGAAGAAGAACUGGAUGGGUGACCCCUGCGCCCCAAAGACUAUGGCAUGGGAAAGGUUGACGUGCAGCUACACCAUUGCCAGCCCACCAAGGAUUACAAGCCUAAACAUGUCCAAUAGUGGCUUGAGCGGUGAUAUAUCGCCUUCUUUUGCGAAUCUCAAGGCUCUCCAGUACUUGGACCUGUCAAACAACAACUUGACGGGCACAAUUCCAGAUGCCCUAUCGCAGUUACCUUUGUUGAUAUUUUUAGAUUUGUCAGGCAAUCACCUCAGCGGACCAAUUCCCUCGGGUUUUCUCAAAAGAAUUCAAGAUGGUUCCCUAAAUCUAAGAUACGGCAACAACUCAAACCUUUGCACCAAUAGUAGUUCAUGUCAUCCUGCUAAAACGAAGAGCAAGCUGGCCAUCUACGUUGUUGUCCCUAUAGUUGUCAUUGUGCUGUUGGUAUCACUGACAAUAACACUCUUAUGCUUCCUGAGACGAAAAAAUCCAGGAUCAAUGAACAACUCCAUAAACCCGCGGAAUGAAACAACAAAUGAUGACCAUAGUUCACUUGAACUUGAGACUCGUCGGUUCACGUACAUCGAGAUCAGGAAGAUAACCAACAACCUCCAACGGGUGUUGGGCAAGGGAGGGUUCGGCUAUGUCUACGAUGGCUUCCUGGACGACGGCACUGAAGUGGCGGUGAAGAUACGAUCACAGUGUUCCAAUCAAGGUGACAAGGAAUUUCUAGCGGAGGUUCAUAUCUUAACCCGAAUUCAUCAUAAGAAUCUUGUCUCCAUGAUCGGUUACUGCAAAGAUGGGGAGCACAUGGCACUUGUUUACGAGUUCAUGUCGGAGGGAACCCUACAAGAUCACAUUGCAGGAAGAGAACCCAAUGGAGUAUGCUUGCGCUGGAAGCAAAGACUUCGAAUAGCUGUUGAGUCUGCUCAAGGACUAGAGUACCUACACAAGGGGUGCAACCCACCUUUGAUUCACAGGGAUGUAAAGGCCACCAACAUCCUUUUGAACUCGAGGCUGGAGGCUAAGAUUGCAGAUUUCGGAUUGUCCAAGGCUUUCAAUCGUGAUAAUGAAACCCAUGUGUCCACAAACGCAGUUGUUGGCACACUUGGAUACAUGGAUCCUGAGUAUCAAACGCUAGGGAGGCCGACCACCAAGAGUGACGUGUACAGCUUCGGCAUCGUGCUGCUAGUGCUUGUCUCGGGAAAGCCACCCACCCUAAAUAGCACAAAUACCAUGAGUAUCAUUGAUUGGGUGCAACAACGGCUAGCACGAGGCAACAUUGAGGGUGUGGUGGAUGUGCGCAUGCAUGGUGACCACGACAUCAAUAGUAUGUGGAAGGUCGCUGACAUCGCACUCAAGUGUACCGCAAAGGCCUCGUCACAUCGUCCCACCAUGACCGAUGUUGUAGCGCAGCUACAGGAGUGCCUCAAUCUAGAGGAGGACCGCGAUGAUGGCGUCAGAAAUGACGGAUUCUACACUAGCACCAAUAGCGACGCCCUAGACUUGAGAUAUGAUGCUUACACUACUAACCGUUCCAUAAGCAUGAGCGGGAGAGGGAGCAACACUACACUUGAGGUGGAGCAUAAUUUUGGGAGGGUGCCGACAAUGGAUAUAGGCCCUGCUACCCGAUAG